AUGCCUACACAGAUUGGAAAGAUCCUCUACGCUGAUCUAGCAGUAUUAGCUACGUGCAUGCGGACCCGAGCUGGAAAUGCAACUGAAUACCUUGCCAAGAUGGCCAGCCCAACCGUUGUCCUCAGCUCGAAUCGCGAACAUGUCUCCAGCCAUCAGAUUGAGAAACAAUUUAACCUCAACAUUGCCGUGAUUGAAAGUCAGUUUCAAGUAGACGGCGAAAUUGGAAAAGCUCAACUAGAAGGCGAAUUCACCGGCAUGAGCGAGCUUUACAACCUCAUGCCGACAUUGGUUCCAAAGCCGUACGCAUGGGGUGCAUUGAAGGGGGUGUCCUCUCCAGUCUAUUUCCUCCUCGUCGAGUUCAAGCAUUUUCGCUCUGGUCGCCUACCUGAUCCCGUCAAACUGGGCAGUCGUCUCGCAGCGCUGCACAGGAAGAGUGUGUCUUCGACGGGGAAAUUCGGCUUUCAUAUGACGACAUACGACGGUGCCAGGACGCAGGCUGUUGAAUGGGACUCGAGCUGGACGUCGUUCUUCUCCAAGCUCCUUGCAGAAGCGUACCGUCAUGACGUGGAGACCAAUGGGCAUUGGGAAGAGCUGGAUAGGGUCUUUACUCGGACUCAAAGCCAUUAUCUCAUCCCGCGACCUGUCGGCGUGCUUGAAUCCGGAGGCCGAUCGAUCAAGCCCUGUUUGAUCCACAGGGACCUGUGGGAAGGCAAUAUCGGGACUGAUGCUGAAACAGGCGACCCAUGGAUAUUCGACGCGGCCGCAUACUACGCCCAUCAUGAAAUGGAGCUGGGGAUCUGGCGCGCAGAGCGGCACGAACUCCGAGCAGAGAUCUACCGCGAGGAGUAUUUUCGGCAUAUGCUACCGAGUGAGCCGGUUGAGGAAUGUGAUGAUCGCAACCGCCUCUAUAGCGUCAAGACGAACCUGAUGCAUUCUGCCUGUGUCCGUGGCUCGCCGGCUCGUCAGCAACGAGCCAGGGACGUUUAUUCCAGUGAUUUGUUCUGUUCUGUACCUAGUCCAUACGGGACAGUACUUACUACAUACCUUAAUUACCCAGCCCCAGCAUGGAAGUCAGAUGCUGCUAAUCGAUUGACUGAUUAA